GCGGUGGCGGCGGCGGCGUUGGGGGUGCGGAGCCGCGGGAGGCGGAGGGAAAAGGAGAAUCUGUGAGUCGCCUAGAGGCAGCGUCGCGGCUGCUGCGAGGAGACCCCGUGCGGAGCCGGCGGCGGCCCGGCCGCUUAGGGCCGGGGCCUGGACUGGGAAGGAGAGGCCGGAGCCGCGCCGGGAGCCCGAGGCCGGAGCCGAGGAGAAUGUGACCGGGGGGCGCGGGGGCGCGGGAGUACGCGAGCGCAGGGAUGGGGCAGCAGGUGGGCCGCGUCGGGGAGGCUGCCGGGCUUCAGCAGUCGCAAGCCCGCGGGAUCCGGGGCAGCAGUGCUGCCAGGCCCUCCGGCCGCAGGCGGGACCUGGCGGGGCGCACGGCAGAGGCCGGCUUCAAUAUCUUCACCCAGCACGGCCAAGUUCUUCAUGCAACUCACUGAGCUGGAUUGAGGAAUGGGCCAGCUGGGCCUCUUCUCAGAAUUCUGAAGGUUCACUGGAAAUGAAACAAGAUCGUUUUGCCAGCUGUGUGGAGGAUGGAUUUGAGGGAGACAAGACUGGAGGCAGUAGUCCAGAAGCCUUGCACCGUCCAUAUGGUUGUGAUGUUGAACCCCAGGCCUUGAAUGAAGCCAUCAGGUGGAGCUCCAAGGAGAACUUGCUCGGAGCCACUGAGAGUGACCCUAAUCUCUUUGUUGCACUUUAUGAUUUUGUAGCAAGUGGUGACAACACACUCAGCAUCACCAAAGGUGAAAAGCUCCGAGUCCUUGGUUACAACCAGAAUGGUGAAUGGAGUGAAGUUCGCUCUAAGAAUGGCCAAGGUUGGGUGCCAAGCAACUAUAUCACCCCAGUGAACAGUCUGGAAAAACAUUCCUGGUACCAUGGACCCGUGUCACGCAGUGCAGCGGAGUAUCUACUCAGCAGUCUCAUCAAUGGCAGUUUCCUGGUGCGAGAGAGUGAGAGCAGCCCUGGGCAGCUGUCAAUCUCACUCAGGUAUGAGGGGCGUGUGUAUCACUACAGGAUCAAUACCACCACGGACGGCAAGGUCUAUGUAACUGCUGAGAGCCGCUUCAGCACCUUGGCAGAGCUUGUUCACCACCACUCCACAGUGGCUGAUGGGCUGGUGACCACAUUACACUACCCGGCACCCAAGUGUAAUAAGCCGACAGUCUAUGGCGUGUCCCCCAUCCAUGACAAAUGGGAAAUGGAACGGACAGACAUCACCAUGAAGCACAAACUUGGGGGUGGCCAGUAUGGAGAGGUUUACGUUGGCGUCUGGAAGAAAUAUAGUCUCACGGUUGCUGUGAAAACAUUGAAGGAAGAUACCAUGGAGGUAGAGGAGUUUCUGAAAGAAGCUGCAGUGAUGAAGGAAAUCAAGCAUCCUAACCUGGUACAGCUCUUAGGUGUGUGUACUUUGGAGCCACCAUUUUACAUUGUGACUGAAUACAUGCCAUAUGGGAACUUGCUUGAUUAUCUCCGAGAAUGCAGCCGAGAAGAAGUAACUGCAGUUGUACUGCUUUACAUGGCCACUCAGAUCUCUUCUGCAAUGGAGUAUUUAGAGAAAAAGAAUUUCAUCCAUAGAGAUCUUGCAGCCCGUAACUGCCUAGUGGGAGAAAACCAUGUGGUAAAAGUGGCUGACUUUGGUUUAAGCAGACUGAUGACUGGAGACACCUAUACUGCUCAUGCUGGAGCCAAAUUUCCUAUUAAAUGGACGGCACCAGAGAGUCUCGCCUACAAUACCUUCUCAAUUAAAUCUGAUGUCUGGGCUUUUGGGGUACUGUUGUGGGAAAUUGCUACAUAUGGAAUGUCACCAUAUCCAGGUAUUGACCUGUCUCAGGUCUAUGAUCUACUGGAAAAAGGAUAUCGAAUGGAACAGCCUGAAGGAUGCCCCCCUAAGGUUUAUGAGCUUAUGAGAGCAUGCUGGAAGUGGAGCCCUGCUGACAGGCCCUCUUUUGCUGAAACACAUCAAGCUUUUGAAACCAUGUUCCAUGACUCCAGCAUAUCUGAAGAGGUAGCUGAGGAGCUUGGGAAAGCCGCCGCUGCCUCGUCUGUUGUUCCAUACCUGCCUCGCUUACCUAUACUUCCUUCCAAGACCCGGACACUGAAGAAACAAGUGGAGAACAAGGAGAAUAUCGAAGGGGUGCAAGAUGCCACCGAAAAUUCUGCUUCCAGUUCAGCCCCAGGGUUCAUUAGAAGUGCACAGGCGCCCAGUGGGUCCCCAGCACUGCCUCGGAAGCAGAGAGACAAGUCACCCAGCAGCCUCUUGGAAGAUGCCAAAGAGACAUGCUUCAGCAGGGAUAGGAAGGGAGGCUUCUUCAGCUCCUUCAUGAAAAAAAGAAAUGCCCCCACACCCCCAAAACGCAGCAGCUCCUUCCGAGAAAUGGAGAAUCAGCCCCACAAGAAGUAUGAACUCACGGGUAACUUCUCAUCCGUUGCUUCUCUUCAGCAUGCUGAUGGGUUCUCUUUCACUCCUGCCCAGCAAGAGGCGAAUCUGGUGCCCUCCAAGUGCUAUGGGGGGAGCUUUGCACAGAGGAACCUCUGUAGUGACGAUGGUGGUGGGGGCGGGGGCAGCGGCCCUGCUGGGAGUGGGUGGUCUGGCAUCACGGGCUUCUUUACACCACGCUUAAUCAAAAAGACACUGGGCUUACGAGCAGGUAAACCUACAGCCAGUGAUGACGCUUCCAAGCCGUUUCCAAGGUCAAACUCUACAUCUUCCAUGUCCUCAGGGCUUCCAGAGCAGGAUAGGAUGGCAAUGACCCUGCCCAGGAACUGCCAGAGGUCCAAACUCCAGCUGGAAAGGACAGUGUCCAUCUCUUCUCAGCCAGAAGAGAAUGUGGACAGGGCCAAUGACACGCUUCCAAAAAAAUCAGAGGAAGGUACUGCUCCAACCAGGGAGAGACCAAAAGCCAAACUUUUGCCCAGAGGAGCCACUGCUCUUCCACUCAGAACCCCCUCUGGGGAUCCAGCCAUUACAGAAAUGGACUCUGCAGGGGUGGGGGUGGCUGGAGGGACAGCUGCCCCGAAGAGCAAGGAAAGGAAUGGUGGGGCCCGACUUGGCAUGGCCGGGGUCCCAGAGGAUGGCGAGCAGACGGGCUGGUCUUCCCCGGCCAAGGCUGCCGCAGUCCUCCCCACCACUCAUAACCACAAGGUGCCCGUCCUCAUCUCGCCCACUCUGAAGCACACUCCCGCGGAUGUGCAGCUCAUUGGCACAGACUCUCAGGGGAAUAAAUUCAAGCUCCUAUCUGAGCAUCAAGUCACGUCCUCUGGAGACAAGGACCGACCCCGUCGGGUAAAACCAAAGUGUGCGCCGCCACCCCCACCAGUGAUGAGACUGUUGCAGCACCAGCCCGUGGGCCCCGAGUCCCUGGAGGAGCCAGCCGCGGGGCAGCCCCCGGCAGACAGCCAGGAAGGAGGGAGGAAGGCAGCCCCGGGGGCCGCGCCCGUCGGCGGGAAAGCUGGGAGGCCAGUACUGCCUCCUCCUCAAGUGCCUCUGCCCACGUCUUCCAUCUCGCCCGCCAAAAUGGCCAAUGGCACAGCAGGUACGAAAGUGGCUCUGAGAAAAACCAAACAGGCAGCUGAGAAAAUCUCAGCAGACAAAAUCAGCAAAGAGGCCCUGCUGGAAUGUGCUGACCUACUGUCAAGUGCAAUCACAGAACCUGUGCCCAACAGCCAGCUGGUGGACACUGGGCACCAGCUGCUCGACUACUGCUCAGGCUAUGUGGACUGCAUCCCGCAGACUCGCAACAAGUUCGCCUUCCGAGAGGCUGUAAGCAAACUGGAGCUCAGCCUGCAGGAGCUGCAGGUGUCUUCGGCGGCUGCUGGUGUGCCCGGGGCAAACCCUGUCCUUAGUAACUUACUGUCAUGUGUACAGGAGAUCAGCGAUGUGGUGCAGAGGUAGCUGCUGUCAGCCUAGUGGAAAGGUGCACACGUCUGCGGGGAGAGGGAAAGGGACUUGUUUUCCUGUGUUCUUGUUUUCAAAAAAGGAAAGACUGAUACUUGAGUGUGUUUAUGUGAAGUACCUCAGAUCUCUGAGUUCUCACGUUUACAGGUUCAUCUCAAAAAUAACAAAAAGCAAAACACAUAGGAGAGGGAAAUUUGAUUGGGGGCAGGGUGGUAGUGAACAGGAUGGGAAGCAGCACUGGCACGUCACAGAAUGUGUGUGUGUCAGCUGUGAAGAGCCAGAUCCAGCCCAUUCCUUCCUGGAGUGCAGUGAGUUGGUUAGGGCUGCUGUCAGCAAGGCUGCAGGACUGUGCCCACGGUGGACUGGCAGCGGCACUCCUGCACCGCACAGAAGGGAGGUGACGUGGGCUCUGGUGGGUGCCAGUGGUGGUUAUGUUCCAGCUCACCUAAUGAAUGUGGUGGGACAGAGGAAAGGAAAGCUGGGAAGGUACCGUGACAAAUUCCAUUCAGGGCUGUUGGAAGCAGCCUCUCACAGGGUCACUGCUGCAGUGAGAGCUGUAUACCUGGUCGCUAGCGUACAAAACUGGGAAACCUGGGCCUGUCUGUACGCUUCUGUCCUAUUUUCCACUGGUGUGUUAAUUGGAGCUGGAAGUAAAGGAUGCUAGGAAGUAUAGUCAGGGAGAUUGAAACUUGCUCCUAAAAUCUUUCACUCAUUAGCAGAGGUCACUUCUCCCAGUCUAGUAUAUCAUUUCCUAAUGGACCAGGAUUGGCCUUCUGCUUGUUGGUGCCUAUCCGUAAACCAUAGGCAUAGGGUUGUCCUUAGUGGUUGUUCUCUGUCCCUUGCUGGACAAGCUGUCUGCCUCUAUUCCCGGCAGCAUUCAGGGCAUUAACCAGCAUUGAUUUUGAAAGUAGUGGGCAUGUGCAGGUCUCACAGGGGAAUCCUUCUCUCAGACAGUGACCUUGUGUACUGACAUACUGGCCAAGGACUUGAGCAGCUGUGUUUCUUUAUCAGCGGAGAUACCAGGGAAAGGGUCUCUUCUUGAAACCCAAUGGCCGGGUCUGUGACUGAGGAGAAGCUAGCUCGCUCCUAGUGGCUGUAUCUCUGUACCUUUCCCCUCCCUUAUCAACUUAGACCUAACCUAGAUAGAGAGUAGGGACAAGCAUUCUUUCACUCUCUGUGGCUUUCAAAUGAGUUACUCAAAUUAUUCUCAAAUGCCUUUCUCCUCUCACAUAUCACCUCCACUCCCCACCAUUGUGCUUGUUUGUAAAGAUCAUAUUGGGAAUAUAUUUUGAUAUUUGUCAUUUCACCUCUAUUUAAGAAUGCAUAGUUGAAGGAGCAGGUUAUUUCCACAGAACAAAAAUUAAAUUCUGGAAAGCUAAUGACUUAACCCUCAAAUGUGUUUUGCCCUUGAAAAACAGGUUCAUAUUGUUAUGAUUAUGGAAGCUAAAAUGGGAUCACGUGGAACCAAAUCUAAUUGGUUAGAUAUUAAUAUUCUUGAUGCCAGGUUUAAUUCGAACUACCACUUCAUUCUCUUCUUAGCUUUAUGACCAUCCCCCGACCCAAGGAGAACCCAAUACAAAAAAAUAAAUAAUGUUAUUUUUUCCUCCCAAAGGGUCAUUAACUUAGGAAGAUAGGAAUUCAACAUUGAUGAACAGUGAGUUCUCUUCCUGGCUCUGUCACUGAUCCACUGUCAAGCCACAACCCCAUCUCUUAUUCUGUUAAAUGAAGGUAAUGUUACGUGUUCCCAAGGGUGCUUGCCAAUAAGUGUAUAGCCACCCUUUGGAAAGCCUCUCUGGAAAGCUCUUAAGUGCAGUGUUAGGUUGAAUGGUUUUUCAUUCUCUUCUUUACUCAGUAGCAGAUAAUGAAAUUUAGAACUGCUGAGACUAUAUUAAUUGGGCUAGAAUACUAAGAGGGACACAAUAAGUUUUGGACAGAAUUUGGCAUCUUUGAACAAGGAAGAAAUUUGGAUUUCACUCGAAAGAAAGGAAACCUUGAUUCUUACCACAGCUGCUCCAGAGGAGAAACAGGUCAAGAAAAGGGUGAGCGGGGAGGAGGUGGUGCCGGCUCUUCCUCGUGCGGGCUUGGGAGUCCCUGUCUGCUGUCAGCCGCAGAGGUGGGCAGCUCAUGAUCUGCUUGAUCUCCUUACGGUGGUUAGAGAAGACAGUUCCCUUUAAUUUGGAUUUGAAACCAGUUCUCCUCCUCCCACCUUCUCUGCCACUCCCCUUCAUCAUGCACCUCCUUACACUUGAAAUUGUUUUAGCAGUUAGCCUUUUCAGGGUGGGGCAGGGAAAGCUAAAACAUUACUGUUAUGCUGCUCUGUAAAUUUAUCCCUAUCAUUGUGGGAUGCAAGUUGAGGGAUUAUAAUUGUUUUUAGGUUUUGUUUUUUGUUUUUUUGUUUUUUGUUCUACUUUAAGGGAUCUUUAGAGCUCUGAAAAUAAGCCUUGGAGGAACACUACUGAGUGGAUUUAAGCUCCCUGGUUUUCUCACUGAAGCACAGUCUUGAGGGUGGGGUCUGUGUCUUACUCAGGGGUGGCACCUGGCUCUUUCUUGCCUGUGUGGGUGCUCAGUAAGUUCAUGAAUUGAAUUGAUUUUUCUCAACACUGUCAGAGUAGCAUUAUUGUUAGCACACCCCAUCCACUUGCUGCAUGAACUGUAACUGGAGGGGUUGAGGGCUCAGGGUUCAGGUUAAAGAGGCACUGUCAACUUUUAGAAGUACAAUUUAGGUUUUUCCAUUUUAUACUCGAAAAGGACCAGAUUCCAAAAAUAACCUUAUGUAAAUUUAGAAGUUUGAAUUCAAAGCAGAGAAAACUGCUUCUAGGCACUAAAACAUAGUUUAAUCCUGUCUCGUUUAAAAGCAAAGCAGAUCCAGCAGGAGCAACACACUUUUACAGGUGUUGAAAACUUCUGAAUUGAUUAUAUAGAUGCACACAUCUGGGCUUCCACAGCUUCCGUCCUUUCAUGUAUAUAUGGUGGGAUUUCAGUUUAGAUUUUCAAUCUUAAAAUGCAGUGUUUUGUGUAGAAUACAUCUUAGUUAUGCUUUACAUAAAGUAUUUUCUUAAAAGGUUUUGUGUAAAAUUUAAAUGUAUAUGUUUUCCUAUAGACUUUCAUUGUGAUUUUCAGAGAUACAGCCUUAAAAACAAAGUGGCCCUAAGAAAUUCAUUCCGUAUUUUUCCAUGUGACCUCUAUCCAUUAAGGUCAUUAUAGUGGAGACCCUUUCCCAGCUGUAUUUUGGGGUUUAAAUUAGAAUUUUCUUAUAAUUAAAUUGAAAGUUGGCUAGUAAAAGAGUGCCCAGUUAAUAAAACAUGCUGACUUUGCUGAGGCACAACCCAUAUAUAAAUAUAUAAAUAUGGAGCUUUUGUGUUUGAAGGAUACAGUAUAGCUAGUGAUUAACAGUUGAGACUUUAAAGCCAAUCUAGAAGACCAGUCAUUUAACCUUCCUGAGCCUUAGUUUCCUCACUGGAAAACAGGGAUAGUAAUAGUAACUACCUCAGGGUUGUUUAAGGAUUAAAUGAGAUAAUGUAUGUAAGAUACUUAGUUUGAGUGCCUGGCACAUGAUAAGCACUCCAUAAAUGUUAACUACUGUUAACAUAGUCCAGGGAGUCUGAGCCAGGGGCAUGCAGCACAGUUCCCUGGGGUUUAAACAACCAAACAAAAACCUGAUGCAUCAGCCUCACCCCAGAUUGGAAUUCCUGAUGCAGUGGGGUCUCAGCCUGUGUGGUUUUCCAGAAUCCCUCCAGAUACCCAGCACUGUCCAAACACUAUGAGUACCCUAACCCUUUUCUUUACAGCUUAAGAAAUUGGAAGAGAGGAUGAUUCAGUUACUUGUAUGUUAUCCCAGAGCAGGUAAUUAGUGGCAGGGCCAAGGCUAGAGUUUGGGUUCCUUGACUUUCUGGUUGCGGGAUCUUUCCACCAUUCCUGCUGCCAUGUGAGACACUGCAAAACAUGUUUAAAUUGACAAUCAGUCUGCACCGUGCUGCACACUAAUAAAGCACACGCUCCUGGCACUCUCUAACCUCAAGGGGCUUGAAUGUUGAGUAAUGGGAACACUAGCAAAGCAGGUAUUCAAUAGAACUCAGUAAUUUAAAAAAUUAUAUGGGAUUCUUUUGGACAUUUCUCAGCAACAUAGUAAUGUGCACUUUGUAAUAAAUACCAACUUGUUUUUAAAAACCUAGUCCUACUUUCCUUUUUCUUAAAAAAAAACCUUUAUUGUUCCAUAUCAUUUUAAUGACUAUGAGAUAAUGUGUAUGAAAGCACUUUGAGAAAAAUAUCAAAUGUAAUAUAACUAAAGGUGGUGUUAUUAAUGUCUGUUUAGAAGAUAAACCAGUUAAUUAGGGGCUGAUUGACUUAAUAGGCUUUUUACCUGUAGGGGACCUGAAAAGGCACUUAAUAAACAACACCUCUAUAAUUUAUCACAUUUCUAAUGAAACUGCUAAUUGAAUAUGUGCAGGUAUAGUAAGUGUUUUGCUAAAAUUGUAGCUUAGCGCUAAAUAAAUUCAGAAGAUAAGGGACCAACUUUCUGGUUUUAUUAUAGUCUUUAAAAAGUCGGUAAUGUGUACUCACUCCAGAGCAAAGUUCUUCCAGGGACUUUGACUCAGGAACAGUGUGGCCCUCUUGCCCUCGAGCAUUUGUCCACUACACGUGCAGCAAUCCGUGUCCUAAGUAUGGUGGGAGCAGGCGCGCUACCUGUUGAUGUUGACAGUGUCUUUUCUAACCUAUGUCCUGUGUGGUUUUGUUUCGGUUUUUGGGCGGGUGGGGUGGGAGAGGGAUUAGAUGGCCAGAGUCAGUGCACUUUGGGAAUUACUUUUCUAGGAUUUCCUUCCAGUUAUAAAUGAGCUUGACAUUCAUCCAUGUUCUUUUUUUUCUAAGAAGAGUAGCUGAACAUAGCUCACCUAUUAGAUUAUAAAAUACCCAAGAGUAAAUCGCUUUGGUGGCUGCUUUUGAGUUACAAUCCCAUGCAUUCAGACCUCUCUCCCAUUACCGUUUUUGCUACUGAUGUCACCGUUGCUAUUGGUCUGUGCCCCCACAGAAGGUCACAUCGGGUUGACAGGGUUGUCUGCAUUUUUGUUCUUGAUGAUUUUGAGGUUUCAUCAUCUUCCUUGCAUUAAGAUGUUCUAUCUGGAUUUGGGGUCCAUCUCUGCCCUAAACGUCUGUUAUGACCAGUCAUCUUUGGGUAGGUAGGUUUUUUUGUGUGUAUUAAUAGACUCCAGCUGUCCAUAUCUGUCUCAUCUUCUUGCAAGCCAAGUAGCUCAGUUCUUUUGUAAAUGCCUUCUUUGGUUUGGGAUAUGUGGGAGCAGGAGAGAAAUAGGGAAAGACAGCUUCAAGGGUUAUACCUUUCUGGAAGAAAGCUUACACCUUUCUGACAAAGGCAGGCAAAAGCAGCCCCAAGGGCACCUGUCCUUUCCAUGUGACAACCCAGGGAAAUUGCUGCUAGCCUCUCCUCACUAGUCAGAGAGGAGAGGCCUUGGCUGCUUCUAAAACGUGUCCCACUCUUACUAGUCAGGAUAUUUAUAUCUUUUGACUAGAGUUCCAGCUUUCCAACUACCAGACUUCAAAAAAUAGAAUGCAAACCUCGCUGUUUUUGACAAGCCGGUAGUGUCUGGAGUACUAAUUACCAUUACCUGUGCCAGACAUCACCAUUCCCUGCCCUCCUAUGUCCUAAAUCUAAAGGACAGGAAGUUAGGAAAGGCUCUUCCUUGUGAUACUCAGGGUGAGAAGAUUCCCUGCCCCUCCCCCGGUGAGGAUGCUGAGGCAGGUCACCUUACCUAGGCUGGCUUGCAGUCAUGGAGAUCACUCCCUGAGCGCUGCACUUUCAGAGAUGGGUUUCACGUGCUUUUCAGAAGAAAGGACUUGUUGCUGGGUUGAUGUUGCGCAGUUAUUGAACUGGAACUGGUAGAAAUGAGCUUUGUAGGUAGCAGUGGCUCAGAGUUCCAAUCAGUAAGAGUUCCCCACUUGAGAUGUUCUCCCCACAUGGGGUGCUGGUCUGGCAGACUGCUUUUCCCCAUCCUGCUUGGUGAGCUGGGGGAUGGACCCUCUAACUGGACCCUUCCCCCCUCCAAGUGCACUUAAUGUCUUUGCUUCUAUGUACCAUUAUAAAUUUGAAAUUGUCUCUUAGAAUUAUAUCCUUUAACCUCCCCAUUGCUGAGUGACCUAGCACAGCAGCAAGGCCCUGUUAACUUGGUCUGAGGUCACAGGAGAGGAAUCUUCAACCCUGCAGACCCACUUAGGAAAAAUAUGUCUCCUUUAAGUUGAAAGGUUAGGCCCAGCAUUGUCCCUAGACCAUACCCUGCACACACCCUCUCUCUGUUCUCAGAGGUUCUUUAUCACUGUACUCGAAGUAACAAGUUUCCAGGUCUUAACAUGUCACUCCAAGCUGUUGAGCUGUACACACAUGGCUUGAGGUCUCAGAGCAUUCUAGUUAAUUCUUUAGGACACAGUGGAGAUGAAUUGUCCAAUGUUAGGAGGCUUUUCGAAAGGAAAUAUAGAGAGCUUUCAUGGUUGGAGCUUGCUUAGGUUUGCUUUCGAGCAGUUUUAAAUUGUGAUUAAGCACCAUAUAAGGAUGCUUAAUUUUCAGCCGUAAUAACACAGAAAUGCCAAAUAAAUUUAUUUUUUAUUCUAAAUAUAUUGCAGGAUCCUGUGAUGCGUUAGAGUUGUCAGUGGUGAAUUCUAAACCCUAUUCUGCACAGUUCAGAUGUACCAUACCAUGUGUGUUGUGAGAAUGCCACAAGACAGAGAUGUUUCUGGUGGAUGAGGGCCAGGAAUGCCAGCCUUUCUCCAUGACAGCCACUGUUCUUGGGACUCUGUUAUGAGAGAAAUUACUAUUCAGAAACUAGAAAGGACAGUGAGGUACUCAUCUCAUAGUUCUUUUGGGUGUGUUUGAAAACUCAUAUCUCAGAUGUGCCUGGAGGGUACAUGUUAUGCCCCCACACUGACGUGCUCCCUAAGAAAGGAGGGGAGAGUUAGGGAAAGAGGAGUCAGAUCUGCCCCUGUGGUGAACAGGUCGACUGAGCUGUUAAUGCAUGCUCAGAACCCCAUCUCCUGGGUAGACCCCACAUUUUUCCUUCAUUGCAAUCUGAUUCUGUAAUGACUAUCAGUGGAGGAACCCCAGUUUUAUGCUCGCUUGACAAAAGUAACUGAAUAUUUCACAGUGGUUGACAGAACUUUGUCCUAAAACAUAUGAUCCAGAUUUUUUAAAACUGAUUUAUACCAAAGGUCACGCUUUGCAGGUGUGUACAUGGUGGGUGCAUAGACAUUGAGGUCUGGAGGGCCUGGCCCUGGAAGCAUUGCCAAGGAGACACAGUGAGACGAUACGGGAUUUAGCUGAAAACACACCAGUCAUGGGUCACUACCAGUGUUGUCAGGUAUUUGUUCUUAAUUGUUAUGUAAUAUAAUAUUUUCAGUUGUUUUGUUUUUCUAAUUUAAUUCUCUCUGUUGUCUGACUGUGAACUGCUAACAGUGUUAAACUUGAUGUAAAUAAAUGAGGCCCUUGAAAGGGGAAUGCUGUC